UUUCGGACAAAAGGCCUAACUAUUUAUUCCCAAUCCCGUUUUCCUCUUUAUCCUUUUAACAGAGAUAUCAAAAUCAAAAUUACAAUAAAACUCGAUAUACGCACAGCGAAAUUCAUUCUUCGAUCUUCGAACGCCGGCGGCGAAACACCGCUCUGUUUACCGGUGACGUCGUUUUCUUCAGAUAUCUGAAAGAUGUCCGGUCAAUCCCAGCGCUUGAAUGUGGUUCCAACUGUUACAAUGCUUGGAAUCAUGAAAGCUCGGCUUGUGGGUGCUACAAGAGGUCAUGCACUUCUCAAGAAAAAGAGUGAUGCCCUUACUGUACAAUUUCGUCAGAUUCUUAAGAAGAUAGUAUCUACAAAAGAAUCAAUGGGAGAGAUUAUGAAAACCUCUUCAUUUUCCCUAACUGAGGCCAAGUAUGUUGCUGGUGAGAACAUCAAGCAUGUUGUCCUUGAGAAUGUUCAAAAUGCUUCUCUUAAAGUUCGAUCCCGACAAGAGAAUGUUGCUGGAGUGAAACUUCCCAAGUUUGAGUAUUUCACUGAAGGUGAGACCAAGAAUGAUCUGACUGGUUUGGCCAGAGGUGGGCAACAGGUCCAACAGUGUCGUGCUGCUUAUGUGAAAGCUAUUGAGGUUCUAGUUGAGCUUGCUUCUCUUCAGACAUCAUUCUUGACACUUGACGAGGCAAUCAAGACUACAAAUCGCAGGGUUAAUGCUUUGGAGAAUGUUGUGAAGCCAAGGUUGGAGAAUACCAUAAGUUACAUCAAGGGAGAGUUGGAUGAGCUUGAAAGGGAGGAUUUCUUCAGGUUAAAGAAGAUACAAGGUUAUAAGAAGAGGGAGAUAGAGAGACAGCUUGCAGAGGCCAAGCUGUUUGCUGAGGAACAGGUUGCAGAGAAGGUUUCCUUGAGAAAAGGGGUCUCUAUAAAUUCAGCUCACAAUAUGCUAUCUGCAGCCAGGGAGAAGGAUGAAGAUAUUAUUUUCUAGUGAAGAGGUUAGUUAUGUUCUUUCCUAGGAGUUCUGGGUUUCUAUCUGGUGCCUAUUUGAUGGUGGGAGAUUCCUUUAAUUAUUUAGUGUUGUUUUGAAUAAAUGGUAUAUCAUGAUUUAUUGUGUAUUAUUAUUAAUGAGCUGAUAUUUAUGACGAUAGACGUGAAACAUUUCUAAGCUCUCAAGUAUGUUGCUUGAAUGAUCUUUUAUGUUUUGUACGAGCUCCUAGAGCAUGCAUAUAUGAUAUCAUUGCUGUCUUGGUUGUAUGAAAA